AUGUCAGAUAUAAUGAAGAAGAAGUGUAAUGAAAAUGAAGAGGGUGCAGAGCAGAGAAAAGGGCCUUGGACGCUUGAGGAAGACACGCUUCUCACCGAUUACAUUGCACGUAACGGUGAAGGUCGAUGGAAUCUGCUCGCUAAAGCUUCUGGACUAAAGAGAAAAGGAAAAAGUUGCAGAUUACGAUGGUUGAAUUACCUUAAACCCGACAUAAAGCGGGGGAAUCUCACUCCUCAGGAACAGCUCUUAAUCCUCGAACUUCAUUGUAAAUGGGGUAAUAGGUGGUCCAAAAUUGCGCAAUAUUUACCCGGAAGAACAGACAAUGAGAUUAAAAACUAUUGGAGAACUAGAGUGCAGAAACAAGCACGCCAGCUCAAUAUUGAUUCUAGCAGCCACCAGUUCCUGGAAGUUGUCCGUAGCUUCUGGGUUCCAAGAUUGACCCACAAGAUGAAAGAUAGCUCAAACACCAAUACUAAGUCUCUUCCUAUGGAUUCACUUGGACCCAUCUUGCAAGACAGUAAAUUCUCACAUGAUUUGGGUUUCAACAACAUAGAUUGUUCCACUUUCGUGUCUCAGGAUCUGACGAAAAUUUCACAAUUCAUGGAUUUGUCUGAUCUUGAAAUCCCCAGUUCAAUGCACCUGGAGGAAUCAAGGGGGAGUGUCAUUCAAUAUGUGAAUGAAGAUUAUAGAUCUUUUCCUUGCCUAGAGGAUGAGCACAUAGUGACCACCAUGGGCAAUUUAGAAAUUCUACCAUUCCAAGAUUGUCAAGUAGGAGUGUCGACUUACCAGGAGGAUGUGACACAAGAUCCAAUGUGGAACAUGGAUGAUAUUUGGCAGUUUGGGGAGUACGCACCUCUUAAUUAG